GUCAAUAUCAAUAAUUGGUGUUGUAUUGACCUAACCACUUUUAUAUUUUUUAUAAUUUUAUCGUACCAGCAGGCCCUCUACAAAUGCCUAAAAAUGCAUAAGAACGAUUAUUGCUUCUUACAAUCGCGUCAUAAACAUCACAAGCGGCAUCAGAACGAGGAAUUCGACGACGAACUGAAUACAUUGUUCAACAAAAAGUUUCAUUUUCGUUUCGACUCUGAUUGGAAGUUACCGCCUGCUGACGCGUGGUUCUCGGCGCCGCCGUGGACGGUGAAGGAGUUGGAGACGCUGAAGAGCCGUCUGAACUUCCACAAGAGCCAGUUGAACGACUUUGACAUCGAGGAGUGGAGCGGGCACACUCGGCGGCGAAACCCCUCCGGUGAGGUGUGUUGGAAGAUCAGGUGCUUGGUGAACCCAGAGUUCCUGACGCAAGCAUGGACGAAGUUCUACGAGUGCGCUUGCUCGUACCGAAUCAUUCCAUCGGAGGCUGUGAUAACCCGCGAGAUGGUGUCUCUGCAUCUCUGCGAGGCUCCGGGGGCGUUCAUUACGUCACUCAAUCAUUAUUUGAAACAGAACUAUGAGGAGAUUGAGUGGAAAUGGCUAGCCAACACAUUGAACCCGUACUACGAAGGGAAUUCUCUGGGGAACAUGAUCAGCGAUGACCGGUUCAUGCUUCACACGCUGGACCACUGGCACUUUGGCAAGGACAACACGGGGAACCUGAUGGACUGGACCAACAGCCGGGCCAUCGUUGAAGACGCCAACAAGCUGGGCAAGGUUCUACUGGCGACGGCCGAUGGCUCCAUCGACUGUGUGCAGAAGCCAGACGCGCAGGAAGAGGUGACAUCUCCCCUGCACUACUGCGAGACUGUCACCGCCCUGCAGGCGCUCAGUCCGGGAGGUACGUUCGUGUUCAAGCUCUUCACUACCUUCGAGCACUCGACCGUAGGGCUCCUCUACCUGCUGAACCACCUCUUCGCAGAAGUCAACAUCUACAAGCCGGUCACCUCUCGCCAAGGCAACUCCGAAGUCUACGCCAUCUGUCUCCAGUACAAGGGCACUGAUCAACUCAAGGAGUACUUACCCAAACUCAAGUCCGCCUAUGGAACUAACAUCUACAGUGAAAAAUCACUAUUCAGUCUAGAACACAUUCCGGAGAGUUUUAUAAAACAGGUUGAAGAGUGCGCUUACUAUUUCACGACCCUCCAAUGUCAAGUAAUCAACAAUAAUCUACAAGCUUACCUUAUGCAAAACAGCAUACCCUUCUCUAUAGACGUGAAGAAGCUAAGAUCAGUCGUGGCCGCUGAGUUCAUCAGACAAUAUGACUUGAAACCGCUCGACUACGAACAAGAAGUCCUCAAAGGCACCCUACAUGAAGAAAAUAAGGUUAAUACUAACCCUAGAUACCAUAGAGGAUCUUAUACAGAAAGGCAGUUGUACGCUAAAAUGAGUUUAAAAGAAAAGUGUAAAAGUUUAAGCGGCUUCCUUCGAACGGAUAUAUUAAAUUUACUCAUAUUUAUCAAAGAAACUAUUCUAUGGAAGAGCUUCUAUGAUAAAGAUUUGGAAUUGGAUACAGUGUUCACAUACGGGUUGCCGCUGCAGAAAGUCAACAGCUCCAAAUUCAUAUUCGUACCGAUAUUCAAGUUGUACCAGCAGAUUUUGGCCGAAGAAGAAUUUGUGAACACGAUCCAAAGCAAACCGAAAGAACCAAAACCAGUUGAUAUACCGGGUGAAAAAUUAUUACUGCCCGAUUUAGAGACCGGAGAGAAUUACAACAACUAUGAGAAACGAUGUUUGAUUACGCUACUAGUCGCUUUAAGAAAUUUAUCACUCGGAGACACAUUAAUACUAACUAACUUUUCAACAUUAACUCAUUUCAACAUAAGUGUCUUAUACACGUUAAGCAAAAAAUGCUUCGAAAAGACCGGCUUUUCCUCAGAUUCUAUAAUACUUCACAACAUGAUGAGUAAAGAAGGUAUUUUGAUACUUGAAGACGUUGAGAACGAGUGUGUGAGUGGUAAGUGUCAAGAUGUGUGGAACUUCCUGCCAGUGCAGCUGACUAAUGUCGGCGAAUUCUUUGCGAGCAUCGUGCUGUAUAACAACACGUUUUACAGAAACAGGUGCGUGGAGUACCUGGACUUAAUAGAACAAACUUUGACCGAACAAGUGUAAAUAUAACGGUUUUGAACA